GGACACGUGUGACAAUCGCAUGACCUGCUCCACCAGCUCUGCCUCCAGCCUCGACACCGGUGCCCAGUGCCAGGAGAAUAAUGGGCAAACGCAGAGCACCAGAUGGGACGAACAGCAGAAAGUGUUCGCCCUAGAGCAAGUCUGUGGUGUCUUUAGAGUGGACCUGGGACAAAUGAGAUCCCUUCGCCUCUUCUUUAGCGAUGAGGCGUGCACCUGUGGACAACUGGUGGUUGCGAGCAGGGAGAGCCAGUACAAGAUCUUCCAUUUUCACCAUGGUGGCCUGGAUAAACUGUCCGAGGUGUUUCAGCAAUGGAAGUACUGCACAGAGACCCAUCUCAAGGACCAGCAGCUUACUGAUGAGAAAACAUGUAUGCAGUUCUCUAUCCGCCGUCCCAAGCUGCCCUCCUCGGAAACCCACCCGGAGGAGAACACGUACAAGCGUCUCGAUGUGUCUGCCUGGCUCCAUCACCUGAAUGAAUCCGGACAGGUGGAAGAGGAGUACAAACUGCAGAAGGCCAUUUUCUUUGGUGGGAUCGAUAUUUCCAUCCGUGGGGAGGUGUGGCCCUUUCUGCUGCACUACUACAGCUACGAGUCCACCUCUGAAGAGAGGGAGGCACUGAGACUGCAGAAGAGGAAAGAGUACUUUGGGAUCCAGGAGAAAAGGCUUUCGAUGACUCCAGAUGAACAGAAGGAUUUUUGGCGUAAAGUACAGUUCACGGUAGAUAAAGACGUCGUGAGGACUGACCGCAGCAACCAGUUCUUUCGAGGGGAGGACAACCCAAACGUGGAAACUAUGAGGAGGAUCCUGCUGCACUAUGCAGUAUUUAACCCAACAAUUGGAUACUCCCAGGGGAUGUCCGACCUGGUUGCCCCACUCCUGGCAGAGGUCCUAGAUGAGUCGGAUACUUUCUGGUGCUUUGUAGGAUUGAUGCAGAACACGAUCUUCAUCAGCUCACCCCGGGAUGAGGAUAUGGAGAAACAGCUGAUGUACCUGCGAGAGCUGCUGCGGCUCAUGCACCCGCGCUUCUACCAGCACCUUUCUUCCUUGGGAGAGGACGGCCUGCAGAUGCUUUUCUGUCACCGUUGGAUCCUCCUCUGUUUUAAACGUGAAUUUCCAGAUGCUGAGGCUUUGCGCAUGUGGGAAGCGUGCUGGGCUCACUAUCAGACCGACUAUUUCCACCUCUUCAUCUGUGUGGCCAUCGUGGUGAUUUAUGGGGAUGAUGUCAUUGAACAACAGCUGGCCACUGACCAGAUGCUGCUGCAUUUCGGCAACCUGGCUAUGCACAUGAACGGAGAACUUGUACUCAGGAAGGCAAGGAGUCUGCUCUAUCAGUUCCACCUGUUACCCUGCAUCCCCUGCAGCCUGCAUGACCUGUGCAAGCUGUGUGGGACAGGAAUGUGGGACAGUGGCUUCAUCCCCGCCGUGGAGUGCUCUGGCCAUCACCCGGAGUCCGAGAGCUGCCCGUACGGGGGACUGGCGGAAGUGUCUUCUCCUAAACCAGGAAGCGAAGGCAAGAGAGGCUUGAAAACACGGGACGUCUUUGCUUUCCGAAAAUAGCUGUAGAGGAACAGGGUGUGACAGCGGAAGAGGGAAAGGCAGGAAGGACGUGCAUCGGGAAAAAUGUUGAAGACAAAAAUGGAGGG